AGUGAGGUUCAACUUUUGCUACACAGCGGAAAACAGCUGUUGUUUAGAAUCAGGAAAAUAAAAGGAAGAAAGUCAUACAUGUUUGGAACAACAUGUGGGAUGCCAGGUCAGAAAAGAAGGAUGUCAUCUGUUGAACCUGAAAUUAAGAAGACAAGGAUGGACCAAAACCUUGUGUCCUCAGAUAAACCUGGUCCGAUACCUCAGAAGUCUAAAAGGGGAAGACCUCCAAAAAGCAGGGGUUUGGAAACGUCGCAUUCGAGGGAAGAGAACGGAAAGUGUGUUCGCCGGUCCUCUCGCCUAAAAACGACACAAAAGAAGGGUGCGAGAGGAAGACUGCGGAAAGCAUCGAGCGCACCUGAUGUGGUACAACCGAAUGAACGAGGUUCCAAGAUCUCAGAGAAACUUGGAGGUAAACCAUGUCAGAAUUUGGCUGUCCUUAAAAAAGGAACCAAGAAAUAUGCCCCAAGAGUGAGGAAAGACAAGCCUUCUGUCUCCGAAACCAUAAAAACUGUGACAGCAGCCUUGUAUCCCGUGCAAAUCGAGCACAACUAUGGUCGAUUUCUUGACUUGCAAAGUAAGGAGAUAACGUUACCCCAACCUGAGAAAAACCAUGUGGCCAAUAUAGGUGAUUUACAACCAGAAGUUCCUGACAGUUGCCUAAGAGCCAGCAAAGGAUCAGUUGAAGAGCAUAAGGAGCUGUCAACAGUCCCUAUUGAAAAAAUUACUGUGAGUUUGGAUGCAAAAGUAGAUGUAAUGACAAAGUCGCCUCCACCACUUGAAGCUCUUUUUAAAGUCAUCCAAGAGACCGGCAUUACAAAACACGCAUUCACUAGUAAAGACAUCUCCGAUAUGGAUGAGCUAGAGGUCGUAAACACAUGUUCCCUUCAGGACAAUAUACAAAGCACCAAAAUAUCAGAUGUGGCGAAAGUGAUUCUCCAAGACUCUGAAGCAUUUCUUGAUGACGACAUCGAAAUUGAACAUUGUGUUGUUGAGAUUGAAACCUAUGAGGAUUUGGAAAGCGGCUCCAUUAAGGACCAGCAAUCAGCUUUAAACAUUGAGGACGAAACGCCAAAUAAAGAAAAAAAUGAAACUGUUGUAAGUAAGGAUGUUACCUCUUCACCCCAGGAAAGUGCAACAGACUCCUCAGAAGGGCCUCCGAAAAAGCAAGCGAUGAACCCGCAGGCUCGGACGAAGGCCCGUAUUGCUGCCCUUGCCCAGGAGAGGGCGGCUGCCGCCAAGAGACCCCCACCCCGACAGCUCAACCUUUUGGCUCUCUGCGAAGAAAUCGCCUCCGAUAUUGCCUCCGACGCCCCUGUGGGUUCAGAUGAGAAAGAAGGUGAGCAACUAAAGGAGGGGAGUGAGACUAUGGAGGUAAGUGAUACCGAAAGUGAAACAAAAGAAGUAAUAUCACCAACUGUCUCCGACAAAAUUGCAACCCCCGAGACCUCUGAGCCCCAGCCGCAAGAUAUCACACCCAGAAAGCGCUUUUUCCUCAGCCACGUGUCACUGCCUAUCAAGUCCCAGGAGAAGAAAUUAACCCGGUAUCAAAGGCUUAGGCAGGUGGAAAUUCAGAGGGACAAACUAACCUGGACCCGUGUUAAGAAACUGAAGUCUGAUCAGGCAAGCCAAGCUGCCUCCCCCAAGGAGACCGAAAUUGUUUUGGAUUCACCAAGCCAGUGCGCCACUCCUGCUCAGCCUCCUGUCCCAGAGAGCAUCCCCAAAGUGGGCUCAAACGAACCCAGGCGGGCACUGCCUGUACAGGCACCACCCAUGCCUAAUGGAAUUACCAGCACAAAACCCAAACAUGUGGUGGAGUAUAAACCAUACACUCCCAGACCCAAGUAUUCACCUGAUGAUUUUGACCUAGACGGUCUCGAGGAAGAGAUGACCGAACCAGCAGCUCCCAAAAAUGAGAUCAAACCAGAGCAGUCAUCUUCAUCAGCCAAAGUCCAGCCUGAAGCACCAGUGGAGAAGAAACAAUGUGCUCCCACUACUGCAGAUACUAAACAGAAACCCUCUUCCCCUCAAAAACCUGCCCAAAAGACACAAACAGAAAACAGCAACAGUGGAAGUUCUGGUGUUGAUCCUGCAGCAGAACAGAAGAAAGAGGUCAAAAAUGGUUCAAAACCUGAAAGUACAGCAUCACAAACAAGCAAUGAUGCUAGUCAGAAGGCGUUUGGUGCGAUGACGUGUAAUGUGUGUGGGAUGCUGUACUCUCCUACCAGCCCAGAGGACGAAUCUCAACACCUCCUCUUCCACAACCAGUUCAUCAGUGCUGUCAAAUACGUGGGCUGGAAGAAAGAGAGAAUUCUAGGAGAGUAUCCCGAUGGCAAGAUUAUUCUUGUACUCCCUGAUGACCCAAAGUAUGCACUAAAAAAGGUUGAGGAGAUAAGGGAAAUGGUGGACAAUGACUUGGGCUUCCAGCAAGUGGAGACCAAUGUCCCUUCACAGACCAAAACCUUCCUCUUCAUUUCAAAUGAUAAGAAAGUAGCAGGCUGCCUUAUCGCCGAGCACAUCCAAGAGGGCUACAGGGUUAUUGAAGAGUCUGUGCUGGAAGGAACAGAAGGAGAGAAGGUGAUGUUUGAGCGUCAGAGGGCCUGGUGCUGCUCUACGGUUCCUGAGCCGGCACUUUGCGGCAUCAGCCGCAUUUGGGUGUUCAGUAUGAUGAGACGGAAAGGCAUCGCCUCGCGCAUGAUUGAGUGUCUCAGGAAUAAUUUUAUCUAUGGGUCACAUCUAAGUAAAGAUGAAAUCGCCUUCUCUGAUCCCACGCCUGACGGCAAACUUUUCGCCACACAUUACUGCGGAACCUCUCGGUUUCUGGUCUACAACUUUGUCAGUGGCAACCGCUCGACCUGACGUGACAUAAAAACAGUGCUUAGUUUUAAAAUAUUUUCAGUUGAGAAGAGGACUGGACUAAGAAGACAUUAUUUCACUAUAGCAGUCAGUGCAAGAGAACACAAGAAAGAAACAGAAACAUCUUAUGAUGUUUUUUAAAUGGCGAUCCUCACCAGAGAUAUUGAAUGCAACGUUAGACUUUGAAAUCGAACUCCUCACGUUGGCCGGUUGACGUAUUUCAAUAAGACUACACAGUAGCUUAUACCUGUUGCAUCGUUUGGUGAAAGAGAUCUGAAAUGUUCUCUCAGGUUUACGUUGCAGCCUAUCUUAGGACUCGCUGUUUAGUGGAAGCCAUGUUGUCCAGUGCACAAAUGCAAAAUCAGUGUGCUUCUUCCUAAAACAUACGGGAAGAUGUGUGAGCUUUACUACUGUAAGCAAUGCCUCGGUCACGAGGCGAAAUCUUUUGAAUCUCAGGUUGAAAGUCAUGAAUUUGUCAUUAGAAACUCCCUUAAAGCCCUACAUCUUGUCAACUAUUUUCAAAAAGAGUGUAUUUUCAUGAUACAAUGCGUUCCAUGUGCAUUUUAAAGAGGUUUACAUGCAUGGCAUUCACUAAUGAUUUCGUAGAAGUCACUGGUAUUGCACAGCACUGUGCAGAAUGACUUUGAUUCAUUUGUUUCUAAAACACGAGUGUUAUAAUCCAAUGUUUGCCCAGCCAUAGCAUUCCAUCUCAUUUUAAUAUUUUUAGAAGGGUUUUUAUGUAUGUAUAUGUAUUUUGAUUGAAUUAUAUUAAUUUACCCCUGGAAAUGACUACAUAUCUUUAUUUAUCUGUACAUCACUUUGUAAACAGUGACUCAAAGCCAUAAAAUAACU